AUGUCCAUCCUGUUCUGUGUGAUGUUUCUUCCUUAUCUUUGUGGCAUCCACGCUACCACCAUGGAUAAGAGGAAUUUGCCCGAAAACUCAAUGAAUCAUUUUUUUAUAAAGCUCAUGCAAGCCGACCUUGUAAAAAACAAAGCUUCCAAGCAGGUGGCCAACACCAAGGAAAACCACCAGCAAAAUACAGAUAUGGUUGAUGACAGCCUUGAAAGUGGGAAAUCAGACUUUCAGCCAGUCCACUCAUUGGAAGCAGAACUGUUUAAGCAUCAGCGACAGAGACGUUAUAAUUCGCCGCGCGUGCUCUUGAGCGGCAAUUUACCCUUUGAACCUCCACCCUUGUAUCUAAUGGAUGACUUUGUGGGACACUCUCCCUCAACGAACAGGACGUCAAGGAGGAAAAGGCAUGCGGAGCACAGGAGCCACCGGGGAGAAUUUUCUGUGUGCGACAGCGAGAGCUUAUGGGUCACAGACAAGUCAAAUGCCGUUGACAUUCGGGGGCACCAAGUAACUGUUUUGGGGGAAAUUAAGACUGGCAAUUCACCGGUCAAGCAAUAUUUUUACGAGACGAGAUGUAAGGACGCAAGGCCGGUCAAAAACGGAUGCCGAGGCAUUGAUGACAAACACUGGAAUUCUCAAUGUAAAACAUCCCAAACUUACGUCCGGGCAUUGACUUCUGAAAACAACAAACUGGUGGGAUGGAGGUGGAUCAGGAUAGACACAUCUUGCGUUUGUGCAUUAUCGAGGAAAAUCGGGAGAACAUAG